AUGAAGCAUCAUUUGAUGGUGGGCACCUGGACCCGUCCGGGCCGCAUCUAUACCGUUGCCUUUGACGAUGAGGCUUUGACUCUGGAGUUGGUCAAAAAGACCGACAUUCCAGAGGCCGAGCCGAUCUCGUGGAUGACCUUUUCUCACGACAAAAAAACCAUAUAUGGCGCCGCCAUGAAGAAGUGGAACAGCUUCGCCGUCAACAGCCCCACCGAUAUUGUUCACCAAGUGUCGCAUCCCGUUGCAGGACACCCCCAAGCCGCAAGCGAAGACACCAACACCCGCGCCAUUUUCGUCCUCGCCGCUCACAAGCCUCCGUACAACGUAUAUGGAAACCCCUUUUACAAAUACGCUGGGUUCGGCAAUGUUUUCUCGGUAGAAUCCGACGGACGUCUGGCGAAGAACGUUCAGAACUACGAGUACGAGCCCAAUACCGGUAUUCACGGCAUGGUGUUUGAUCCCACCGAGACCUACCUAUACUCGGCCGAUUUGCAGGCCAACAAGAUCUGGACGCAUAUCAAGGAUGCCACAACGGGAGAAUUGACGCUGGUUGACUGCCUGGAGGCUCCGGACCCGGGCGACCACCCGCGCUGGGUCGAGAUGCACCAGAGCGGCAAGUACUUAUACGCUCUGAUGGAGGCUGGCAACCGUCUGGCGGUAUACGUUAUCGACGAGCGGACCCACAAGCCUGUCUUUACGCACAUUACGUAUCCUCUGCUUCCUCCUGGUAUGUUCCCUCAAGCCAAGCGUAUGCCCUAUCUAACGAGUAUAGGUCUUCCUCCACGAAACAAGUACCGUGGCGAUGUCACUUUCACCACGCGCAGCGGCGAAUACCUCUUCGCUACAACUCGCAGCAACCACUUCGAUGUCACCGGGUAUAUUACUGCCUUCAAGCUGGGCCCGAAUGGCAACAUCGAGCGCCAGCUGUGGAUUCACCCUACCUCUACCAGCGGCGGCCACUCCAACGCCGUGAGCCCAUGCGAUUUCAGCGAUGAGUGGCUGGCCCUCUGCGACGAUCAACUGGGUUUCGUGGAGAUUUACCGCUUCAAGGACGAGAACCUGUCCCGUGUGGCCCGUGUCGAUAUCCCGGAGCAGGGCUUCGGCAUGAAUGCCAUUUGGUACGAUUAA